AUGCCUGCUGGUGUACCAACCCCGGGGUCUGUUGGCGUGGAGAGCCAGUCGACUGCCACACUGAUGGAGAUCAUCUCCAAACUUAGACAGGAACUACUGCAGAGCCGAUCUGAAACACAGAAAGCCACGGACAGUCUCAAUUGUCUCAUUUCACUUGUAAAACGUGCAUGGCAAGGGGAGACAACUGCUACAUUGCAUUUGGCUAAUAUUGUAGGGGCACCAGCGCAGGAUGCAGGAGAGACUGCUAGGUUUGGACAGCUCAACCCGGGUAGUGGGAAGACUCGUGCUGUAUCCCACUGGGAGCGGCUGGCCAUGAAGUUACUACAGAGGGAGUACGAGGCCGUGCAGGACGAGAUCCGCCACCGCCAGAUGGCGUACCUGGAGAACCGCACCAAGUACAUGACGGAGGUGAUGGACAGUCACCAGCACGACAUGGCGCACUACAACUUGCUGCUCCACAAGCGUGUCCAGAGUGCAAAGGGGCCGGUGGAGGACAUCGACAAGAAGUUCCUGAGGACCUUCACAAAGACCGGAUUGAACGGGAAGCGGCCACCAAGUGGAAACCGUAAUACUCGAUCGAAAUCAGCAGGUGUUCAGCGAUCUAAACCCAAGGCUCAGGACAUUGUUGAGCAAGCUGACAUGACACUGAGGGAGUUGGUGGUACAGACGAACUCAGGCAUGACCACAAACACCAACACCAGCAAUGUAAUGUCCGGCCUAUGUGAUGCUGACCCUGACAGACAGAAGGUAGAUGACCGCUACCUCUCCACGUAUGACGACCCCCAAAGAUAUGCCCAGAGCAGUCUGUUUGACCUGAAUGCUGUGUUUGGACCUGACUCCAUGCAGCGUAAAGCCCGACCUGUGAGUGCUGCCUUCCAGAGAGAGAGGGACACACUUCGGUCCCGGCCUCGCAGUGCCUGCUCAACCAAUGGGGACACUUUUAUCACCCAGAGGUUUGAGCGACCACUGAAGUACGAGACAACUCGACCCGUACCCUCCAGGGAAAAUGGCAGCCAGCUGAGACAGAGGCGACACAGCGGCACAGACAAGCAGCGUGUACACAGCGCCACCGUCAGACAGCAACGCAGAGACCAAGGCCACAGACGGUUUUCUUUCAGUGAGGCAGAAUCAGUUGCACGAGAUAAGAGCGAAGAGCCAGCACCAGUACAAGAACCUCAGAUGAAACCAGAGUCUGAGGUGAGCACCCGGAAGCAGCCGUCAGCAGAGCAGCUUGCAGCACGGACACGAGCGGCCCAGCUACAGCAGCGGAUUGAUGCUGUGACGAAGCCGCCACCGUGUGUGGAGCAGUUUGACCAAGAGCUACAGGAGAUGAGCUCCCUGGAGAAACAGUUCCGACAGUCGACCCUUCAACUGCAGAAGAAGCUGGGUAUUGAUGACAGGGGCCUGUUGUGGUGAGGACCGAGUGCAGGAGUACACUGUCGGCCUGUAGUGAGAUUGACUACCAUGAAAAGGAAUUGCUUUGGGCGAAGCCAGUCUGUUUCAUAAUUAGUUGUUGAACUGACUAUCCACAGCUUGCUAAUGUUAAGUUCCUGCAUUUUGUAAAAUGCAACUUGUUAAUCUUGGUGUCUAGUGAGCCCUGGUGGUGUCUAGUGAUGCAAUAAUGGUGUCUAAUGACUACCUAGUGUUGAUAAGCGAUGUCAUAUCUGGUGAUGUCCUAGUGAUGCCCCCGUGAUGUCUGUUCUGCAUGUAUAUGUUCACUACAUUCAUCCUAUACCACAAUAUACAAUAGGACCACUUCUAUGCAAUAGGACCAUCUCUAUAGAAUAAGACCACCCAUCUCUGUUCCACCUAUACAAUAAGACCACCCAUCUCUGUUCCACCUAUACAAUAGGACCACCCAUCUCUGUUCCACCUAUACAAUAGGACCACCCAUCUCUGUUCCACACACACAAUAGGACCAUCUCUAUACAAUAGGACCACUCUAUACAAUAGGACCACCUCUAUACAAUAGGACCACCUCCAUACAAUAGCACCACCUCCAUACAAUAGGACCACCUCUAUACAAUAUG